AUUGACUGGGAUAUUGAUUCCUCGACUUCUCCUUCUUCUCCUUGGCUUAUACCGGACUAGUUCAACUUCCUCAAUCACCACUUACUUCAUUCUCUCCCCAACUGGCAGUCCAAGUCCAAUCAUUCGGGUGCAUCACAGCCACGCUCCCUCGUCCUCUUUGGCCCCCCCCUAACCAUCGUUCUUCAUAUACGGUCCAUAUCCUAUGCAAAUAACAUGAUUCCCUUGCGUCCUCGUCCUCCUUAACCCCGCUAGUUGUACCUGAUAUUGAUAUUGACGUCGACGUUGAAACAAGACCAUGGAUACCCGGUCCACGCCGUCCCCGGUGCCUGGACAUCAUAAACGACCGCGAGUUGCGGAGGAGAAUCGCAAGCGGGCCGUGCGAGCAUGCGAUGGCUGUCGCAGGGUGAAGGAGAAAUGCGAAGGCGGUGUCCCGUGUCGGCGCUGCGUGCGCUAUCGGAGGCAAUGCGUCUUUACCCAUCCUGAUCAGACGGAGAAGAAUCCUCGAUCGUCUGCACUGUCUCUCCUCGAACGAAAUGCCGGAAUCACCCGUAACGACAUGGCCGAAGCGGAGCGCCUCCGCUACAUGGAGCGUAUCCUGCAGCACUUCGUCCCCAACAUCACAUUCGACGUCCCCUCGCUGCGGAAGAUGGCCGAGAAUCUGCACAAACAGCGCGGUUCUGAGUCGGAGACGGAUCCGUCGAUCCGCAUGGAAGGCGACGACUUUGAGGAUCUAGCGAUUGACGAUGAGCACUUUACGAUCAAGGCCUUGCCGGAUAAUACGACCCAAUAUUCCGGGGAGUUUUCUUAUCUCAACUUUUCGAUGAAGAUUCGGAAGAAGAUCGAUGAGUGGAUGAAUACGACGACGCCGGAGGCACCGGCCGACGUGGAGCCCUUCGAGGAACGAUGGCGUGCGACGCAGCUUCAGUCCGGGACGUCCCUUGUCUCGGCAUCAGUCACCUGUCUCCCGCCGCGCUUCGUCGCCGACUUCCUGGUCCACAUCUUCUUCAAAUACGCCCAGACGAACAACUUCUACGUCGAAGAGGACUGGAUCAAGGAGAAGCUCAACCGAUGCUACAUGGACCCGGCGAGCCUCAGCUCCAACGACGCCGGUUCGGUAUGCUCGAUCCUGAUGGUCCUGGCGGUCGGGACGCAGUUCGCCCACAUGGAGUCUGCCACGCCGGUCAACCGGUUGUCCGGCGGUCCGAUGAACCCCGAGGAUCACCACUUUUCGGAAGAUGAGGUCGGCCUUACUUUCUACCAGUUCGCAUCGAAACUCCUCCCCGACAUCAUCGCGACCGCGUCGAUCCGCAGCGUGCAGGCCUGCUUGCUCAUCGGGACCUACCUCUUGCCUCUGGAUACCUCGGGCCUCUGCUACACGUACUUUGGCUUGGCUCUCAAAAUGGCGAUCCAGAAUGGCAUGCACCGAAAGUAUCAAGGGGAAGGCCUGUCUCCGCGGACGAUCGAGGUGCGGAAUCGCGUGUUUUGGACGGCCUAUACGAUUGAAAAACGUGUGAGCAUCCUCCACGGACGACCAGUGUCCUUGUCGGACUCGGAUGUGGACGCCGCAUUCCCGGUGGACUUUCCUGGGUUGAUGCCGGCUGGCCAAGUGUCCAACCAUACCAACAUGAUCACUCUCAUCAAGCUGACCUUGAAACUUGGAGAGGUGGCCAAUGAAAUAUCCGUCCUGCGGAAAUCCCAAAGAAACCAGCAGCACGACUGCAUCGAGCGACUGCUGAGCCUGCGGAAAAACCUCAUCGACUGGUGGUCGACACUCCCGGAAGAGACCAGCUGUCGGGACCUAAACCCAGGCCCCCUGUUCCGCUCCAACGUACAUCUAAAACUCGACUACUGCCUAACGCGCAUCUUCCUGGGCCGCCCGUUCCUCUUCAGCAGUAUGCGAGCGAUCAGCGUAUCCUCAAGCCAAGGCCCACCGUUCAAAACACGCUCCGGCCUAGCAAAGAACCGUUCAAACCUAGUCACCGACUGCGUCGAAGCAGCACUGGAAAUUAUCAACCUGUGCCAACUCCUCCGCGACGAAACGGGUCUCGCCCGCGCAUCAUUCACAGAAUUCAGCUCCUGCCGCGCCGCACUCCUCGUCAUCCUAGCACAAAGUCUAACCAAGCGCACCGAGCGACUCCGCGAAGGCCUCCGCAAAGGCAUGGCGCUAAUCAAAAUCAUGUCUAUGGGCGUCGGAUCCGCACGAUCAGCAGUCAGCGUCAUCGAAGCCCUCGAACGAGCCAUCCACCGCCUCGAAGAGUACAGCGAAACGCACUCCUCCUCCGGCAACCCCGGCACCAUCGAAUCCGCCUACGACCGCUUCAAGAACUGGGAAAUGCUCUGGAAGACGGGGCCCAUUUCGCCGGAAAGCGUCCAAUUUCAAGACCAACAGCAGCCGUAUCCCACCGGGCCUGCUACAGCAGGAAGUGCAGGCAUACCAGCUGCCAUCCCAAUCACACCGAUAACAGGCGGCGCCGACUCCAUGGAGGGCGAGAUUGCAAGAUCAGACCUGACGGGUACAACGGCUUACUCGGCAGCUCACCACGGCACCAACCUGUCCGAGAUGCCGGCGUUUGGCUUCGACCAGUAUGUGUCUAACUUACCGCAAGAACUGGGCGAGUUCACGGCUAUUCCUUGCUUCGAGACGGAUCCGAAUCAUGGGCCGAAUACAGAUGCGAGGUGGAUACAGUUCAUGACUGAGUGAUCAUCUUUUGUUCUUUUCUUUUCUAUAUUUUUUUUAAUCUUUUUCUCUUUGGUUUGGUUUCGGCUUAUAUACGGCCCUGGCGUGUCGGCAUUGUUAUUGGAAGUUUGACUGACUCACUUGAUGUAGUUUGGCGAUUUGAUUUACAGCACGGAUGGUUAUUUGUUUUUAUUAUAGUACUUUCUAUUCUCGGUCUUCUUUUCAACUGGUGAUAUGAUUUUUGACUCUUCCCUAGUCACCAUCCUAUAUGGGGGUCUCUGAUUUUACUACCUACCUACCUAUCAGCUACCUCCCAAGCAAAG